AUGGCCCCAACGUCCCCAGCCGGCUUCGACGAGGACGCGGACAAUUCGCACUCCGAGCGCGUCACGAAGCCCCUCCUCGAUGUCAUCAGUUGUAGCGGCGCCGACACGACGCUUGUCGUGACCGCGGCGCGUUUAAUCCAAGCGGAUGUCCGGACGUUCGGUUCGCCCGAGUUGUGGCUUGAUCAGCUGUCGCGCCGUGAGAGCGACGCCUCGCUCGAGCCCGCCGACGUGGUGAUGUUUGUCGGCUCGGCGGAGCGGCUGCUGUCGCAACGGUGCCUCCGACGCGGGUUGGUUGCGGCGCCCGACUCGAUCAUCAUGGCGGCGAUCACCGACGCGUCGUUCGAUCUGACCAUGUCGAUCGUCAACCACGGCGCCCGCGGUCUGUUGGUCCUUCCCGGACCGACCGAACGGUUGUCGCAGCACCUCAAGGAGAUCGUUGAUCCGGCGAUCCGCUGCCGCGACCAUCGCCGCGCCGUCGUCCGUCACCGCCGCGCCGCCGCGACGCUGACCGCCGCCGAGAAUGACGUGCUCGAAGCGAUGCUCACCGGCAUGCCCAACAAACAGAUCGCGCUACGGUUGUCGAUCGGCCUACGGACGGUCGAGCUGCGGCGCUCGAAGAUUAUGAAAAAGAUGAAAGCCAAAAGCCUCGCCCAACUCAUCAGCUUCAUCUGCCUAGCGCAGCAACAAGACGCCACGUCCGUCAGAAAGCGGAGUGACAAUCAGGGCAAAUUCAACUCCACGGUCCGCGCAGCGGACCCUACAACUGGCAUCCGCUUCGCCGGGUGUUUACUGUCGAGCGGUCUUUCACCGCUGACCGAACACCCCGCCAUGCCGCGCCCGACGAUCGACGAAGUCCUUGCCGAGGUGCGGCUGACGUGUGUCCGGGGCGUGGGGCCGAUGCUUCGCAGCCGGCUCAUCGAAGCGCUCGGCUCGGCGGACGGCGUGCUCGCCGCGCCGUCGUCCGACCUCCAAGCGGUGCGCGGCGUGGGGGCCAAGCUCGCCGAGGCGAUCCUCAAAGCGCCGUCGGUCGAUGACGCCGCGCGGAUGCUCGAUGAGGCCGCCGCACACGGCAUCCGUGUCCUCACGCUCGGCGACGAAGAGUACCCGCCCGGGCUGCGCGAGAUCCCCGACCCGCCGCCGGUGCUCUACUGCCGCGGUUCGAUCGAACCGCGGGAUCAGCGCGCCGUGGCGAUCGUCGGCACACGGCUGGCGACACGCUACGGGCUGCGCCAGACGGAGCGGUUCGCACGCGACCUCGCCGCGGCGGGCGUGACGGUCGUGAGCGGUCUGGCACGCGGCGUCGAUGGCGUCGCCCACCGCGCGGCGCUCGACGCGGGUGGUCGGACGAUCGCGGCGCUCGCCGGCGGGCUGAUGAAGAUCUACCCGCCCGAGCACGGCCGGCUCGCCGACGCGGUGGCGGGCUGCGGCGCGCUGGUGGCCGAAGCCGCGCCGCCGAUGCCGCCGCUGAGUGGAUCGUUCCCGCAACGCAACCGGAUCAUCAGCGGCUUGUCGCUGGGCGUGCUGGUGAUCGAAGCGGCCGAGCGCUCCGGGGCCCUGAUCACCGCGCGCCACGCCGCCGAGCAAGGGCGCGACGCCUUCGCGCUGCCGGGGCAAGUCGAUAGCCCGCAAUCGAUGGGUUGCCACCGUUUGAUUCAAGAAGGCGCAAAGCUCGUCACUGCGGUCGAGGACGUGCUCGAAGAGCUCGAAGCGAUGGCGCAGCUAUCGAUGCCGCCAGCGGCGCCAUCACCAUCCCGCGUCGCGAGCGCGCCGCCGAAGCAGAAGCCGCUUCCCGCCAUCGAAUGGGACGAGCCUACCAAGACGCUGCUCGACAGAGUGGGCCGCGACGCGACGACGAUCGAUCAGCUUAUCGAUGAGACGGGGCUACCAAUCGAUCAGGUGCUAGCAGGGCUGUCGCGACUGGAAGCGGGCGGAGCGAUCCGAAGGUUGAGUGGCUUCGCGGUGCAGUUGAAGUUCCGGGCGAUGGACUCGCUCGCGAUCGGCGGAGCCGACGCAUCGAACCCCCUCGGCGGCUGGUCGCUAGUGGCCCGCGCAGCCGAGCUCCCGGCGGACGGAGCGACAGGAGUGUCACGGAUGAAACGACUCGUUAAAGCGACGUGCGGCUUCACUGCUGGGUUGGCGCUUGCCGCUGGCUCGGCGACGCCCGCCAUGGCGCAGUUUGUGUCCGUCAACAACUAUCAGCCGCCCGUAGCGCAACAGGCACAGGCGCCUCUGCAGGCGCAGGUCUACCCGCAGCACCAAUUCCAGUACCAGUACCAGCCGCAGCAGGCGGCGGCGCCGGGUUACUCGCAGGCCUACGCCCCGCAGGCCUACGCCCCGCAGGUCGCGAGUUCACAGGUGUAUGCGCCGCCGACCCACGGGUAUCCCCGCGUCGCCCAGCAGCCUACCGAGCUGCCCGCGCCCGCCGAGACAGUGACGCCCCCGGCGCAGCCGACGCCGGCAGCCGCUGAAGCGUCCGCGCCGACAAUGUACAACGAGGGCUACGCCCAACCCACGCAAGGCUACUUGCCGCAUGACGGAUCGAUUCCGACGGCGUCUUACCCAACGUCUUCUUACGCCGCGCCGGCCGCGGGCGAUGUCGCAACGGGCGACUGCGCCACGGGCAACUGCGGCGUCGGCUACACGGAUGGCUACAACUACGGCGCUCAAUCGUGCGACGUUGGCGCCCCGGCUUGUGACGUCGGCGGUUGUGCGUAUCCCUCGGCGCCGCGUCGCCAGUGGUUCGCGGGCAUCUAUGGCCUGUACCUCGACCGUGCGGGUGACAGCUCGAAGCGGGCCGUCGCCUAUCUUGAGGACGACCAGAACGCUUACAUGCCUGGCACGGACUAUUACCCGAUGCCCGGCAUGCCGACGCUGUUCACGGCCGACGCAGGCGACUCGGGCAUGUGGGGCGCCGAAGUUCGCUUCGGCAGCACGUUCGGUUGCGACCCGUGUAACUGCAUGCAGCCCUACGCUUGGGAAGUCGGUUACUGGGGGAUCGAUAACGACGCCAGCGACGCUUACCUCACCAUCCCCGGCGUCGUAGCGAACGGGUACGCCCAACGUCUCUACACGAUGCUCCCGUACGACGACCUCAACGUCGAUCGCGACGGUGCGGGCAUGAACUACACGAACCGCCAGAUUUAUGAAGACGAAGGGGCGCCGGCCGACGGAGAUAUUUACUCUCACGAUACGCGGGUCCUCGGCAUCCGGGUGCGUCAGCGGUUCACCGCUCAGAACCUGGAGCUGAACUUCUGGCGGUUCGGCACGCCCACCGCGGUCGGCGGCUGUGGCAUGGGCGCCUGUGCCCCGUCGGCUUGCGACACGGGCUGCGACCCGUGCGGCAUGAGCGGGUACGCCGGCUACGGCGGAUGUGCCCCGUGCCGCCCGCCGCGUCGGUUCUUCAUCAACGGCGUCUGCGGCGUUCGCUACAUGCGGAUCGACGACGACUUCGGCCUCGACUGGCAGUUCACUACCGUCGACGGCACCGGUAUGCCCAACACGAUGCCGAUGCCCGAGCCGGAUCGCUACAUGCCGAUGCUUGAGAGCGACAACAACAUGUUGUUCUCGACCUACCAAGCCGAUAACGAACUGGUCGGCUUCCAGCUCGGCGGCAGCAUGAACUGGCUGUGCGGGUGCCGCUGGAACUUCUUCGCCGACACCAACUUCGGCAUCUACGGCAACAACGCGUCGGUUUACAAGCGGGUCUACGGCGGCGGCGGGUCGAUGGUGACCUUCGCCGAAGACGGCAUGCUCGCCGAAGUGAACGGCAGCGAGACCUCGCUGGCCUACGUCGGCGAACUGCGUGCCGGCGUCGGUUACCAAGUGACCUGCAACUGCCGCGUGACGGCCGCGUACCGGUUCAUCGGCAUCGGCGGAGUGGCCCUGGGCGUCGAGGAGUUCCAGAACACCAACUGGGCCAACUCGGAGUACGCCAGCCACAUCGACACGAACAACUCGCUCAUCCUUCACGGCCUACAGACCGGCGUGGAGUACAAGUUCUGA